AUGCACUUAUUUAUCGCGCUUCUGCCGCUCACCUUUGGCUGGUCUGUUUUGUUCUUUGGUGCUAUACUGUUCCUGCGGCUGCGGGGCAUUGAGGUCGCACUGCGUCGCUUGAGGCCCGAAGCGGUGGGGCAGCGAAACCCAACGGACGUGGCCGCGCAAAAGGAUGCCCGGCGACCUCUGAAGGUGGUGAUUCUCCAUCCUGACCUUGGCAUUGGCGGGGCAGAGCGACUGAUCAUCGACGCAGCGGUGGCUCUGCAGAAGCACCAGCACGUCACUCCCAUCAGCGUCACUAUUGUGACGAAUCAUCAUGAUCCGAAGCGCGCCUUUCCUGAGACCGUGGACGGCACUGUGAAGGUGGUGGUGAGUGGGGCAUGGCUACCGGAUCACUUCAUGGGACGCGCAAAAGUGUUCUGCACAACGCUUCGGAUGGCCUGGGCCGCCUUAAUGAUCAGCUGCUACUACCCUGACACCGACUGUGUCGUCGUGGAUCAAGUGGCCGCCGUGUUGCCGCUCCUGCGCUCUGUCGCGGCCUACGUCCCACGUCUUUUCUAUUGCCACUUCCCCGACCAGUGCUGUGACGCGAACCGCAACGCGGAGGGUGUUUUUCUGAAGCCCAUUUGGAAAGUACACAAAUUAUACCGGCUCCUUUUCGAUAAGUUGGAAUCGCGGGCGAUGGGUUUUGCCGACAGCAUUGUUUCAAACUCAAAGUUCAGCAGAGAGGUGACGGUGCGGGUCUUUCCGCAGCUUGAGACUGUCAUUGACGCCGAGACAGAUAUUUUCUACCCUCCCGUUUCGUGGGUGACGAAAGACACUCGCACCGACGUGCCGCCCGACCUGGAGAAGGGUGAAGUGGCGACGUUGCACAAACGGCUGGAAAAUCGAAGUGUGGUACUCAGCAUCAACCGGUACGAGCGGAAGAAAAAUAUUUCGCUGGCAAUUGAGGCCUUUGCCCGCGUGACGGCGGCGGCGGCGGCCUCAAACACCAACUCGAAGCCGCCAAUUCUUGUCAUCGCCGGCGGCUACGAUGUCCGCUUGGCGGAAAACGUGGAAUACCUGAAGGAGCUGCAGGAACUGUCGGUGCGCCACGGCCUCACGGAGGAUCAGGUUCUCUUUCUGCAGAACAUAUCUGAUGCGGCCAAAGGUUAUUUGCUGUCGCGGUGCUGCUGCCUUGUAUACACACCGGCGAUGGAGCAUUUUGGAAUUGUUCCCACGGAGGGGAUGGUGUGUGGAAAGCCGAUCGUCGCCGUGAACCAGGGCGGCCCGUGUGAGAGCGUGGGCGAGGGUGGGACUCUUUGCGAUCCCACACCCGAGGCGUUUGCGGCGGCCGUGGCUGCGUAUGUGGCAGAUGAGGAGCUGGCAAGGCGUGUGGGUGCAGCUGGAAGGCAGCGCGCAUUGCGGCUCUUUGGUAUGGAUGUAUUUGGUGAGAAGCUGGCACGAAGACUAGUGGAAUUGUGGACGGCGAAAAACGAGCAGCUGAAGUCUGCACAAGGCGAGAAGGACGGUCAGAGCCAAAAGAGCAAAUAA